GUGCAGUUCCCCUUUAAGAAUCUGCUGCAAAAAUGUGAGUCUCUUACAAGUUUUUUUUAAACUGUGUGACUGCUGAAAAGACAGGACUUAAAGGGGUGCCUUCAGAAACUCCUCAGUUAGGUAAAUCACAAUUUUGGACUACAGUGUUCUGUGUUUGCUAGCUCGGUUAAAAUGUCAAUGCAAGAAGCUGCCAAUGUGUUUAGAGUGGUCCAAGUUACUUUACACAAGAGGAGUGCGCUACUGUUUUUAAGAAAUUUAUUGCAAACAAGUUUGUCUCACAAGUUUUGAACUGACCUUUGGAGGCCAGUAUGGUGUCAUUUGAAAGGCUAUUAUUAAUCUACUUGUUAACUUACUUUCUGCAGUAAUAUGGUUCAUCUACGCUUCUUAAACUUGACUAAGCACUUACUUAUAGGUGUUUAAAGCUAGCUUACCACAUAGCUUAGCUAUUAGCAAGCCUGCUCUUGAUUUGCUCUCGUGGUGUGUAACAUGUUUUGCCUCUUCCACCAGUGAUAUUUAAUACUUGAUAUUGAUACUUAAGAUUCUAAGAAAUGCAGUUUAUUAGCCGUGCUGAAGGUGAUUAUUAUUAUUAGCUUAGGUGAGUGGCUCCACACUGUGUGUGGAGAGACAAAAACAGUGUCAGCCAGAAGGGAUCAGCAUUAAAAGGCAUUUAUUUUGAAUGAAAAUCGGUCGAUACAAAUGAGUGGCUGAUCGAUCAUAAUAAUAUAAUACCACUAACCUGCUGAUCCAGGUCCCCUGACAGCUCCGCUCCAAAGGGGGUGGUGGUCUCUUUAUUCAGGAGCUGAAAAAGGAGAGAGGUCACCAGGAUUGUCAUCACAUUGUGCUGCAAAGUCUCCACUAAAACUGAAGGACUGAGUGAGGACUUGGUCAACAGACCUCCUGGAUGGCCGUCAUGACAACGUGCUGCACGGACUCCUCCAGCGUCAUGAUGAUUUGAAUGUACUCUGGCGACAGGAAGAGGGAAACAGCACCGAGGAGUCAAACCAUUUGCUUCCGGGUCGGAGCGAGACUCAAAGAACUUGGCAGGGCCUGCGAUAUGGCAGCUCCAGUGGUCAGGUCCUCUGCUGUGCUGCAUGGUGCAGAGGUGUUGAAAGUCUGCAGCUGAGAAGUCAAACAUUCAUACAAAGUGCAGACCCUGACCCCAUGCUUGACCCGCUGCUGCUUUUAGAUGACCUGCAGCGUGAUGAGGUGAAGGGCGGCCAUGUCAAUAUUUACUCGGGCAAUUCAUGACAUGGCACUGCGGAGGAGGUCACACCGCCCAACUGUGCGUGGUUCAGUAAUGCAUUGGAGCGUUUACGAUGAUGCUGCUGCUGCACCGACUCUUACUUCCUCAAGACAUCAGCAGCUUCACCAUGCACGCCCUGCACUCCCUCACCAAGCUCAGGUCGCACCGUCUUCCUUAUCAAGGUCCAGCAGGUCAGGGUCACCUGGGGCCCCCGGCACCAGACGCAGCUUGUCUCCUGCAUCAGCCGCCACCGCCCACUCGCAGGAUGGAGCCUGCACACGUGUGUCCGUCAAGAGAAGGUGUUUGUCCGGUGUGCCUGCAGACCACCUGCUUCCCCGUGCAGACCAACUGUGGACAUUUAUUUUGUGCGCCAUGUUUGAUGGCCUAUUGGAGACACGGCACGUGGUUGGACCCAAUCAGCUGCCCUCUGUGUAGACAAAAGGUCAGCAGCUUGUGUCGUCUGUUCAACAACACCCGAUCAGACCAGCAGACCAAGGCAGUACUUGGGGACAUAACGGACUACAACAAACGCUAUUCUGGAGCGCCAAGACGGAUGAGAGACUACCUGUGUGACACGCCGCUCCUCCUGCAGCUGGUGGUCCGCCACCUGGCCACCAUCGGGGGGCUCGUCUGGCUCUUCUUCCUGCGGGUGGCGCUGUGCUGCGUGGGCGCCGUGGUCUCCAUCUCCACCUCGUCGCUAUCCUCCAGUCCCCUGAAAGCAGAGCCCUCCCUGUGCAGCCUCCUGGGGGUCUUAGAUGACCUGGUGGUGGUCAGCCUGCUGCUGCUCUGCGUCAUCAACGUCAACCAGCAGAUGGCGCCAGAGAGAGCGCACACUGCGAGCACGGGGGAAGCCGUGCCUUCAGGUUAGCGUCCUCUAGGGGAGAGAGUUACAAUUUAAACUGAUCAUUUCUCUUAUUUACAUCAUAUUGUUAUUCAUGUUUUAUG